AUGCCCCAGGUCACUCGGUUGUCGUGGAGGGUGGCUGACAACAGGUUGUCAAGAAGAAAAGGCGUCGUUCUCCACGCCCACCGCCGCCGCCGCCUUCAAGAUGUCAGCAGGAGGGACACCGUGCACACCAGUGUAAGCGUCCUCGCUCCCCGUCGGCACCUUGGUCGAAACCGCCCAACCUCCAGGCUGCUGGUCGCUCUCCUCCAAUGCUGUCCCGUGGGAUGCCCCACCGCCUCCACAACCUUCGUCCUCCCAGCUUCGGCUGAUCAUAGAUGCCUCCCCAAGGCCAUCUGCUGCGUCACAGUCCACGGGACGUUCUUUCUCGCCACCGGCCAUUUGUGCGGCCGAGUCUCCGCCGUCAACACCGCAGUUCUUCGGUUCGGUUCCUUUGGCCUCUGCGUCAACUCAUGUGGAUUUCGCGCAUCGGCUGGAUUUGCACCUCUGCUUCGUCCCCCGCUCCGAGCCCCUGGUUCAGGAGGAGGCCAGGCUUGCGCACGCUCUCGUGGCGCUCGUAGUUGGAACUCGGCCCUUCGUGGACGUGGGAGCCAAGUUAGGUCGUUUCUAACGUACUCCUUUGGGGUCAAUGGGGAGGAUUUCUCUGUCCACAGAGGUUGCCUCGAGGAUGUCCUGAUCGUCUUCCGGAGCUCGGCGUCCCGUGACUUGGUGCUCCAUUCUGCGAUGCCUUCCGGAGCACCGUUCCAGCUGAAGUUUAGGCCGUGGGGACGACAAUCGCUGGCCAACGUGCGAUCCCUGCUAUUCCGCGUUUUGCUUAAGCCUAGAGGGAUCCCGACCCAUGCGUGGCACCUUUCCACCGUGGAGCGCAUUCUCAGCUCCUCGUGCACCAGCCUGAUCCUAACGCCGGACACCAUGGCCAGGGAUGACUUGUCCUGCUUUCGUGUGGUCGCUUGGUGUGCAGACCCUGGUCUCAUCCCGAAGGAGGUUGAUCUGAUAGUGCCGGAACCAGUGGAGCAGUUCGUUGACAUUGGCCUCUUCUUGCGCCCAGAUGAGAUCAUUCAUUCCAAGCAACUUUGCCUCAGUUACAAGGUCGCUAUUCAUCUCAUAGAAGUCUAGGAUUGGCAUUUGCCUUCUGGCUCCUUCGAUGGCGGGACCUCAUCGGAUAACUGGGAUAACGAUGUCGACGAAUACCCAGGGUUCGAUCAGCAUGGCCGGUCCAUGCCUUUGCCAAAACGUACGAGGCUUCAUGAGCCACCAGAGGGUGCUGACGCAGGCCCUUGUGGUGGGGGCGCAGCAGGUUCCUCUGGGACGUGGCGUUCGUUCUUCGGCGGCCGCGCUGGCGACACUUCGAUCCUCUCGUCGGGAGCUCUGGGGCGGUCUGGCUAGCCGCCGGUGUCUGCUCCGGUUUGGUCCAGGCUGGGCCCACUCAAAUUUGGUCGUUCGAACAAGAGAACCUGUUUCCCAAAAAGAGCCUGCUGCAGAUAAAAGCGUUCUGGCCGGGGAAAAGGAUUCGGCGGCCCAUGCCUCUACGCUGCAAAGACUUGUCCUCAUGGUCCAUCGGGACCCAUUCUCGGAAUCCUUCGACCCCAUGCUCAUUGAGAGUGUGUCUGUUCCUAAUCUCCCGCAUUGCCUAAACCUAUUCGACGCUAUAUUCCGACACCCUGACGGUGACAUGUCGCUGGUCUGGGACCCCAUGCUCUUGGAGGCCUCUUGGUCGCGAGCUAGCCCUGUGAUGAUGGACCAGACGCCGGUCACUCACGUGAGGACUUCUGAACACUUGGCCUGUGAACUGUUGUCUUCUGAGGCAUCGCCAAACAACUGCUCUUUCUCCGCUAACAUGCCAGGUUCUGUGGUCUCCGAGGACUUGCCAAAUGACAACGUCUCAGUUCCUUCGAGCCUCGUGGUUGAUUUUCUUGCCCCUUUGUUGGUUCAGGCCACGCCGGAAGUUGGGUUGCGAGGGAUCUAGGAUGGUUGCCUCUCUGGGUCUGCCCUGGCUUUUCCUCCUAUCUUGGGCCCUUCUUCUAAGCCACCCCCAACUCUCUUGGGUUGGGCUGCUUUGGACGGGCUCUCGAGCCCUCGGGGGGUUCGUCUGUUGCCCCCCUCCACCAAGGUCCGUCAGAUCAUUGAGAUUGAUGGCUUGCUGGACAAUGCUAGCGAGUGUGCCCUGGUCGCAAAAGUGUCGUCACCCCGACCAGCGCAUGUCUACCCGCCCAAAUCUUGCACCCUUGUCUAUCAUAGGCGCAUUCUCGUCAGCAGCCCAUGCAUCUACGCCGCAGUCCCCGUCACGGACGACUGAGGAUGAGUUCUUUGAUCGGGUAGCUAUUCGCAUGUCAGCGCUGCUGGAGGCGUCGCCUCCCACCACGCACCAGAGCAAAUCAACUUCUUUGGCGACCCCCAACCGCCGUAACAGGCGCUUGGCAAGCAAUGGUCGUGCCCCCCAGGUGAAUGCUGUCCGUCGUGCGCAGUUGGUCUUAAUGAAGAAACUGGGCAUUCUCUCUGAAGGGGAAUGCGUCGAUCAGGAGGCACAAGAUGAAUACAUGUGUUUGUUCAGCAACCCGCUCUCUCGUGCACACCUUGUAGCUCUAGCGGCACUCUUCGGUUGGAUGGUGCCGGAGGAGUGUGAGGUCAGGACAGUGGAUUUCAUUGCCACUGGAUGUUGAAUUCCUUUCGUUGUUUCCUGUGGUCGUCUCUAAUCAUUUAACUAUGAAUGUUGAAAACAUCCUCGUUUGGAAUGUUCGUGGCCUUAAUAAGCAGGCGUGUCGCAACUCCGUACGUGAGCUUGUGAAUGCGAUGAAGCCCAACAUCGUCUGUUUACAGGAAACAGAGGUCUCCAUUAUGUCUACAACGAUCAUCCUCUCCGCCCUUGGGCCGGUGUUUGAUCAGUUCGUCGCGUUGCCUACCUCUGGGACGCGAGGAGGCGUCCUUUUAGCAUGGAAAGGAGCUUCUUGCAUUGCCACCUCCUCCUGGGUCGACUCCUACUCCGUGUAUGUCCAAUUUGUGGGUGAUCAUGGCAUACAUUGGUGGUUUACUAGUGUGUAUGGACCCCAGCUUGACGUGGAGAAGCUUUUGUUUUUGCAAGAGUUGCGUGAUGUGCGCACCGGUUGUUUGGGCCCCUGGGCGGUCACUGAGGAUUUUAACAUGAUCUAUAGAGCGGUUGACAAAAAUAACGCAAAUGUAGACUGUGCCAUGAUGGGUCGUUUUCACCGUCUACCGGGUGGUCUUGAGCUUCAGGAGAUCGAUCUUCUAGGUCGUCGUUUCACUUGGUCAAAUGAGUGCUCUGCACUGACGUUGGUACAUCUCGACUGGGUUUUUUGCACGACGGAUUGGGCUCAGCUCUUCCCGGACUGUCUCCUCCAAAGUUCGACCGUGGGCAUAUCGGACCACUGCCCACUUCUUCUGUGUCUCAGGGUCAUUCGCUCUAGAAAGUCGCGAUUCCAUUUCGAGUGUUUUUUGGCCUCAGCUUCCUGGCUUUCACGAGGCUGUCGCCAUGGCUUGGUCAGCUCCGGUCCAGAACCAGUGCACGCUGUCUCGCUUGGCAACUAAGCUCUCCAACCUUAACCGUGCCUUGCAUGCCUGGAGCAGCACACAACCGGCAGUGUAUCCUCUCGGCUCCAUCUGGCAAGGGAACUGCUACAUCGCCUCGACAUCGCUCAAGACAGUAGGGUGCUCUCUUGUUUGGAAGACUGGUUGCGCCGCCGUCUGAAAUUGCACUGUCUUGCGCUUGCUUCCCUCCAACGCACCAUAGCGCGCUCUCGGUUGCGCCUCACGUGGCUUCAAGAGGGGGAUGCAAAUACGUCCUUCUUCCACCUACAUGCGAGGUUCCGCAAUCGUAAGAACUACGUUGCCAGGCUUAAGGUUGAUGAUCUUGUGUUGACCAGCCACGAUGACAUGCAGAAGAUUGUUUGGGAAUAUUUUCACAAAUUGAUUGGCACGCCACACCAGCGCAGCUUCACUUUAAAUCUCACUGUAAUCCUCCCCUCCGCAGCUGAUCUUGAUGUGUUGGAGCUCCCAUUCACCGAGUGGGAGGUGUGGCACACGAUUAGACAGAUACCGUCGGAUAAAGCGCCGAGACCGGAUGGAUUUACGAGUCGUUUCUAUAAAGAGUGUCGGACGGUGAUCAAAGAAGAUAUCAUGGUUGCGCUGCAUGCGGUGCAUGGGGGGAUUGCAGGAACCUUUACCUUCUCAAUUCAGCCCUCACGGUUCUAAUUCCGAAAGCGCCUGACACCGAACAGGUAAAAGAUUUUCGACCCAUAAGCUUGGUUCAUAGCUUCGCCAAGCUUCUCACUAAGAUCCUGCCGAACCACCUUGCGCCUAAACUAUCGACGAUGGUUUCCGUGAGCCAAAGUGCCUUCAUCAGGGGUCGUUGCAUACAUGACAAUUUCCUCCUCGUCCAACAGAUGACCAAGUAUCUCCAUCAUCAUAAGAUGCCCAGAUUCUUCUCAAACUUGAUAUCACGAAGGCCUUUGAUUCUGUUUCUUUGCCUUUCUUGAUUGAGGUUCUUGAGCAUUUAGGCUUUGGGACUCGGUGGAGGAGCAUCUUGUGCACUCUGUUGGCAUCCUCAUAGUCUCGUGUCCUACUCAAUGGCUAUCCAGGCAACGUGAUCUUGCACCGCAGAGGGCUCCGUCAGGGUGACCCGUUGUCUCCGAUGCUUUUUAUCUUGGUUAUGGAUGUCCUCAAUGCCCUCUUCGCCAAGGCGGUUGAGGAGGGUCUCUUGCAACCGCUGACCAACAGGGAGAUUGGACAUCGCGUGUCGAUGUACGCAGAUGAUGUGGUCCUCUUCUGCCACCCGUCGGACAAGGAUAUGUCCGUCGCCUCACACAUUUUGCAACGCUUGGGGGGGGGGGCGUUAGGGCUUUACACUAACAUGCAAAAGAGCUCAGUGAUUCCGAUUCAAUGUCAGGAGAGCAAUUUAGACACCGUCCGCUCUGAGCUCUCGUGCAAGGUCGUGAAUUUUCCGUGCAAUUAUUUGGGGCUUCCCCUUUCAAUCAGCAGACUUUCCAAGGUAGACCUCCAGCCGAUUGUGGAUAAAAUUGAUGAUAAGUUACCGGGAUGGAAGGCGGCGCUGUUUAAUACUGUCGGUCGCUCCGUUCUGGUCAGCGCAGUGCUCAUGGCGACUCCCAUUUACACUCUCUUGGCCUUAGACGUGCCCAAAUGGGUGAUUAAGGCUGUAGAUAAGCGUAGGAGGGAAUUUUUAUGGAGGGGACGCCGUGAUGUGCAAGGUGGUCAUUGUGCGGUGGCAUGACAGCGGGUAUGUCGACCGCGGGAACUAGGUGGACUCGGCAUCCAUAACCUCGUCUUGCUAGGCUGGGCGCUUAGAAUGAAAUGUCUUUGGCUGCAGAAAACCCAGCCAAAUCGACCUUGGGUGGCUCUCAGCAUUCCGGCUCAUUCCAAUGCCUUUUGUGAAGAAGCGGGCGUUUGCCAAGUGAACGGUUCAUGAAGCCCUGCAAAAUCGAGCCUGGAUCCAAGACAUCCGAGGGGAUCUCUCAGUUCAGGCACUGUUUGAUUAUUUGCUGGUUUGGGAUGAGCUUCAGGGGAUGAUUCUCCAUGACAACCAACCUGAUCAGCAUGUAUGGACGCCGUCGGCCACCGGUGAAUUCUCGACUUCGUCUGCCUAUAGACGUUUCUUCAUGGGUGCUAUUGAGUUUGAACCUUGCAAAAGAAUUUGGAACACCUGGGCGCCGCGCCGGGUCAAGAUAUUCAUCUGGUUGGCCACUUUAGAUCGAUGCUGGAUGGCGGAUCGACUUGUGCGCAGGGGUCUUCAGCACCUACCGGCUUGCCCGUUGUGCGACCAGGAGGAUGAAACAAUGGGGCACCUUCUUAUGGACUGUGUGUUUGCUCAGGAGAUGUGGUUCAAGGUGCUUCAUCAGGUUGGAUUGCAGGGGCUGGCACCUGAUGGAGUCCAUUUAGGAUUUCAAAACUGGUGGCGGAGAGUACACAACGUGCUCCAAAGGAUUCUCGUAAGGGUCUUAGUACUUUGGUGGACCUCGUAGCUUGGUCUAUUUGGAAACACCGAAACCGCUGUGUUUUCGAUGGAGAUCGACCUUGUGUGCAGAAGCUGCUGCAGGACAUCUUUGACGAAGCCAGGGUUUGGGCGACGGCGGGUGCAAUGGGUUUGCGUUCUCUAUUAGGUUGAGGACUCAGAGAGUUUUGCUGGAGGUCGUUUUCAUUGUAAAAGACGCGUCUGCUUGUUGUAACUAACCUGGCCGUUGGUACGACUCUGUAUACCGUUGGCUCUUUAUCUUAAUAUAAUGAUACAUAGCUCUCCUGCGUGUUCGAGAAAAAAAAAAGUUUGAGUUAAACAAGGUGAGGCGUGUGGCACUAGUAUUUGCUUUGGAAAUGAUACAACAAUGCAACUAUAAAAUGAUUCAUUCUUGGCUUAAAGUUGUUUGGUUAAGUAGCUCAAAAUUUUGACAUCUCUAUAUGUGGAAAUUUACAGCUAAAUACUACAGUACAUUGUACUUGUUGAUGGCUAUGAUAUGUUAUGAUGAUAUUCCACAUUCACUCCUGUUGCAACUUGUUGCUCAAAUUUCAAGAUGCCCUUUCUAUAUAUUCUAUAGGACGAUGUAAAUUUCCACCUUUUUGGUCUUGAAAUGUAGACUAAGCUAUUCUAAACCACUACAUUCAGAGAAUUGCUUGGAAUAGUUUGUGCCUUGAUGUUUAGAAGAGUCUUGGCUAUGCUUUUGUACGGUUGGUGAUGAGAUCAGGCUGCUCUAACCCCCUGCAGAGGCGUGGUGUUUCGGUGUUCUUUCUGUCUUUGUGUUUGUGUUGUGUUCGAGUUGUGUGUGUGUGCAUUUGUAUUUGGUCCGCUUUGGACUUUUUCCUCCUUAAUAUAAUGAUGCGCAGUUAUCCUUCGCGUUCGAGAAAAAAAAAAUGCUUUUGUACAGCACAUGCACCAGUAUGGACAUUUUGCUCAUAUAUCUCAAGUGCUAAAUUGUGCUGAUGUAAGCAAUUUUAAGAGUACAGAAGUAAAUAUGCCAAUUUGAAGUAUAGGUAAAAUAUCUCUUAUCUCCUGUAUCUCAGAAAAAAUACCAGUCUGGUGCCAUUUACCUUUAUUAUCGAUGUUAAGUAUUUAAAGUUGGAUUUGUCAAUACUCCAUUAAAAAUUAUGCUGCUUGCUGUGGCAUUUUAGUUUAAUGAUGUGUUUGCUUUCUUUUUUUUCCUCAUCUGGUGCCUUGUAACAUAAUUCCCCCCCUUUUUUUUGGUAUAUAUGCUGUUGCAGACUUGCAGAUUCUAUUGGUUUGACAUCAAAUAGCAACUUUACAGUUAUCUGUCUCCCAUUCUUUGAACACAGUAUUAUUGAAGUGUGGUUGGCAUUAAUCUGGUCAGCUCUACCCCCAAAGCAACUUCUAGAAUGCCAAGUUGAUGCUCAUGUUUUUUGAUUGGGAUAAUAUAUCUAUAAUUUACUCUUCCUGCUGAUCAAGAGGAAGUGCCUUCUUUACUAGGGAUAAUUUCUGUGGAGAACAAACUAAAGCAUGGAACAAUUAUAUGGAAUCGUGUCUCACCUGGAGAACCAAAAAAACCAGAAGCAGAAAGGACAAACUAAAGCCUCUGAAAAAGAUUCUUAUUUGGUAGAAUCUCCAACAUAACCACUCCAUUUGCUGCGUCUGUCUUGGUGGCUACUGGUGAUGAAGGUAUCAAUGGUCACAAUCUACAAGGUUAGAUCAACUCACCGGGCUGAAGGACGUGACAAAUAUUUUCUGUGGAUAUUGCACCUGUCUUUGAGAAGACAAAGCAUCACCAAACAUGUCAAAUUCCAACUGAGCCAGACGCAUUUGAAUUCGCCUCAGGACUAGGCCUGUCUCAGUGCUAUGUAUUCUUCACUUGCCAUAUGCUGUUCAAAGCGAAAGAUGAUGCUGAUUGGGACUUCGCAAUUUUGUCGUGAGUUUACUACUUUCUUGGUGCUGUCAUGUCCAUGAUUGCAGGUUACCGAACAUUACCUGUUGGAAAAAUGGUGCUCUUGCAUUGGCAGCAAUUACAAGUAGGUAGGCAUCUUGUGCCUUUUGCAGUUCCCUUGUGGAGUUGUGGUCCAUAAUAGAGUGCUCAUUGCAUCAAAACUGAUAAAAUGCUAGAUGGUGUGGUAUUGAUGUCCCCUGUUCUUUUGUAGUUCCCCUUUUCCUUUUCUAAGAAAUCCUUGGUCUUAAUAGAUUGUAACUCUGUGGUUUCUUAUACAACCGUAGGGGACUCCCCUACUGUUUUCCUGUAAAAAAAAUACUCUGUGGUUUCUACCUGGCAAAUUUAUUGCGGCUAUCA